UUUGACAUCUGAGCUUACCUUUCUUCUUUAAAUUAGUAGAAACGAAACGCAGUCCCGUGAAAAAUGGCCUCUCUUCUAAAUGUUUGGCUGCGAAAAUCCGCAAACUUUGGGCAAACAGCCGCCCUUUUAAAGAAUUUACCAGCUGUGCAAAAUGUUAACUCCAACCGCCACGCGCACCGCUGGUUCCCGGACCAGGACUACAUGAAGCAGUUCGAGGGGGUCGUCAUCUUCCCCGACGAGAAGAUCAAUGCUCUGAUGAAGCGAGUGCCCACCAGCGGCAUGAUCACGCCCUCUGAGAAGCAAGUGCGGAACAUGAUCCUGAACUUCGGUCCUCAGCACCCCGCCGCCCACGGAGUGCUGCGGCUCGUGCUGGAGCUUGAUGGAGAGACGGUCCGAGCAGCCGACCCCCACAUCGGUCUCCUCCACCGAGGCACAGAGAAGCUCAUAGAAUACAAGACAUACACCCAGGCCCUACCCUACUUCGACCGUCUGGACUAUGUGUCUAUGAUGUGCAACGAGCAGUGUUACUCGCUGGCUGUGGAGAAGCUGCUGAAUAUCGAUAUACCGCUGCGGGCCAAGUAUAUUAGAACCCUCUUCGCCGAAAUAACCCGCAUCCUGAACCACAUAAUGGCGGUGGGCACGCACGCGCUGGACGUGGGCGCGCUCACGCCGUUCUUCUGGCUGUUCGAGGAGAGAGAGAAGAUGAUGGAGUUCUACGAGCGCGUGAGCGGCGCGCGCAUGCACGCCGCCUACAUCCGCCCCGGCGGGGUUUCAUUAGACAUGCCCCUCGGUCUGAUGGACGACAUCUACGAGUUCUCGUCCAAGUUCGCCGAGCGCCUGGACGAAGUGGAGGACGUGUUGACCACGAACAGGAUCUGGGUGCAGAGGACCAAGGAUAUCGGCAUCGUUAGUGCUGAAGACGCUCUUAAUUAUGGAUUCAGCGGCGUGAUGCUCCGAGGCUCCGGCAUCAAGUGGGACCUGCGCAAGACGCAGCCGUACGACGCCUACCACCUGGUGGAAUUCGACGUGCCCAUCGGGACCAAGGGGGACUGCUACGACAGAUACCUGUGCCGCGUAGAAGAGAUGCGUCAGUCGCUCCGCAUCAUAGACCAGUGCCUCAACAAGAUGCCGGCCGGGGAAGUGAAGACUGACGAUGCUAAACUGACCCCACCCAGCAGGGAGGAGAUGAAGUCCUCAAUGGAGGCCCUGAUCCACCACUUCAAGCUCUUCACCCAGGGCUACCAGGUGCCGCCCGGCAGCACCUACACCGCCAUCGAGGCGCCCAAGGGAGAGUUCGGCGUCUACCUCGUGUCUGACGGCAGCUCUAAGCCUUACAGAUGCAAGAUCAAGGCCCCCGGCUUCGCUCACCUCGCGGCGCUAGAGAAGAUCGGAAAGAACUCUAUGCUGGCAGAUAUCGUCGCAAUCAUCGGAACUCUGGACGUUGUGUUCGGAGAAAUCGAUCGAUAAACCUGGCACAAUGACAGAGCUAUCCUAGCCACGGUGGAGUUUUAAACAGUGUUGCCAGCCUGAAAAAAUAAAUUCACGGUUAUUGUUCCGAGAACUUUAAAAUAAAUAACGUUGUUUCUUGAUAAUUUUAAUGAGAUUGUAGUUUAAACGCUACUGCUGAUAUUUCUUUCUGAUACUGUUUAAAAUUACAGCCUUAUUAAUAAGCAAAAUAUCUACGAACAUACAAGAUCCAUCAAUACAGUAUAAUGUAGAAAUGUAAAUUUUCUUUUUUAUUUAAUAAGGGUAAUAAAAUAAAUUAUUAUUAGUAAA